CGCUACGCACCCGAAGACCAUGACGAGCACCUGUCCGUGGGGCGUGCCCUCUUCGUCCGAGCCGGCCAAGCCGCAGCCCAGCAUGCAGGACCUGAUGGACGAGGCGCUGGCGCUCAGCCUCUACGAGGAGGAGGUGACCGCGCUGCAGCGCGAGAUCAACCCCGACUACCAGAGCAGCGUCUUCACCAACCUGCAGCGCAGCAAGGAGCGGCGCGAGCAGGACCGCAACCAGCAGCUGAUGAACGCCGACAGCUUCGACUUCGUGGCGGAGGCCUCCGGGGAGGGACAGGUCGCCCCCUCCGUGCUCACGCGCGCGCCUGGCGCCGCGGCGGGGGCUGCGGCCUUGGCCCGCGCCCGCGUGACCGGCUCCUUGUCCAUGGAGAACGCAGCGCACGGAGCUGGCAGCGGCAAGGGCUUUACGUCUCUCCGGGAGAGUCAACGCCGCCAGCAGAAGAACGAGAAGAAGGGCUUCGGAGCCGGCAGAGUGGAGGCCGAGACACACGCCACCGCCGAUGGAGUCAUGGACGAGCGCACCACUCUGAUCCUGCAGAAGAUGAUCAACAGAGGAGAGCUGGACGAGGUUCACGGCUGCGUGCAGAGCGGCAAGGAGGCCCAUGUCUACUUUGCAGUGGGCACGGAUGAAGUGACGAUGCGCCCCGUGCAGCUGGCCGUCAAGAUCUUCCGCACAACGCUGAACGAGUUCGGCAACCGCCACGAGUACGUCACCGGGGACCGCCGCUUCGAUCUUCAUUUCCAGAAGAAGGACCUGCGUCGACAGAUCAAGGCCUGGACGGACAAGGAGUACCGCAACUUGUGCCGCGCUGCCAAGUGCAGCAUCCGUGCGCCUGCUCCGGUGGUGUGCAAGGAGCACGUGCUGGUGAUGCAGUUCGUGGGCGCGGAUGGAUGGCCCGAGCCGACGCUCAAGGACAUACAGGCGGACUGGUCCCCGAAGCAGCAGGCGCGCGCGUACGCUGACGUUCUCCAGGCCACCCGAGCUCUUUACCAGCGAGCUCACUUGGUCCACGGCGAUCUGAGCGAGUACAACAUUCUCUACUCGCACCGCGAGAAGCGCAUCUGGCUCAUCGACUUUGGCCAGGCUGUUGACCGCUCACACCCGGACACGGAGAAGUUUCUGCGACGGGAUCUGCACACAGUCAACCGGUUCUUCCAGCGAGGAGAUCUGCUCGAGGCUACAUUUGACGAAGUUGGCUUGCUCUCCGACGAGACGGCGUACGAAUACGUGGUCAGCGAGAGGCCUAAGGACGUAGUAGCUGGGUUCCCGGUGCUUGCAGCGCUUCUCGAAGAGCUGACAGACGUGCCCGAGACUGAAGAGGAGGAGGAACAAGAAGACGCGGUCGUGGACGCUCAACAGGAGGAAGAAGAUGCAGUUCAGGCGAAGCAAGGCUCUGUUGAUGCUGGAAAGGCUCCGGUUAUUGCUGAGACCCCAAAGGCAGAGGUGCCUCUAGAACUAUCGAAGGCAGAGCUCGACUCCCAAGCGUGCGGCUUCGACCAAGACGACAGCAAGUGGCGAGAAAAGAAUGCACGGUACAAGGGCGACCUGUACAACGCAAUCGUCCUCAAGUACAUCUGCACGAACGCCUGCUACGUGCACUACCUCAAGUACGAGAAGGACUGGGACCAGUGGAUCCUGCCCGGCCACAUCUUCCGCAAGUACAACCACGCGUAG